AUGAGGCUCGCCCACUCGGCCGGCCAAUCUGCUGAAGAGAUGGUUGCCCCAAAUCGUGUUGUCUGUCUUCGUGCCUUUGCGCUUGUUCCACCUGCCAGUGGACGGAUAACUUGUGCGCGCAGGUUGGGACCAUUUCAGGGUGUUGUAGGUCGGCUUUCGACGGAAAAGACACAUCGAUUCCGGAAACAGUCUGGCAGGAAUCGACGUCGGCCUUAUUUCGGCCGAGAACCUGGACGAAAUUCUCAAAGCUUCUACGCAUUAUCAUCAGACGAGGGGUUCAAUUGGGCCAGGCGCGUCUAG